ACUUGCUUUCUUUAGCGGGGUGGGGAGAAGGGGUGUAGUUGCUUUAUAAAGGUGUAAAUACCAGGACAAACUGUGGCCUUUCUUAUGAAUGGGACGAGCGGAAAUGGUGCAGUGUAUCGUCGCUGGCUUGAUGCAGCUUCCUGCAAACACCGCGUCUUGGCGAACAUGGCGGCAACUUGACAACGCCAGCGAGAUGAAGACAGUGAGGGCUUGAAAAAGAAAAGAGGUCUGUUACAGGCUGUAGGCCCAUCCGCCGACACAAAGGCAGACAGCUUCGCCAUGUUGGAAGAGGAUAGCGCCCUUGUCCCUGCACGACCGAGGCCGGGGAAAACGUAAACGCGUCGGUGAGUGUUUCUAAAAACGGAGUCGAGGCUACGCAAGAGGAGCGGCGCGGCGCGGAGCUCGGGGCGGACGGGGAGGACAGCGGCUUCACCGGUCAGCCAUGGAGGAUGCGGCCCGUGGUCGCCAGCGUCUGAUUUCCCAUCCGGCCCACGCUCAUUUUAAUGGGAAUUACCGCUGAUCGCACAGGCAAGCCGGGACAACCCACAGCCCGACACCUGAGGGGAGGAAAACGCGAAGCGGACCCGACGUCAAUGACUGUUGCGGCAGAGGAGCCCCCACGGUGGAGUCGGCCGGUUCCCAAAAUAUGACCAGGGGUGCUGGGACGUGUUGGCAGCAAGAAGAUGACGACGGCUUCCAAAUCUGGCUAGAGCCCCCCCGCGACAACCAAAAGCCAUUCACCGACUCAGAGAGGGCGCAGAGAUGGCGACUGUCCUUGGCAUCCCUCUUGUUCUUAACCAUCCUCCUCUCUGAUCACCUGUGGUUCUGCGCCGAGGCCAAACUGGCCCGGACCCGGGACAAGUUCGCAUCCUCCCACCUCCUCUCACCCCAGACCCACUCAGCACACAGCAGCCUCAGAGGAAACCCAGAUGCUAUUUUUAUAGGAAACUCUACCAAACAUUUGUGGCGGCUCGAAACUUGCCACCAGGAUAGUUUAUCUAAAGACUGCUUCACUUUCGCAGAUGCCGACCAUUUGUGCAGGGGCCUUUCCGGCAAAGAGGGGACGCGGGCUGUAAAUAUGAGCGAUUUGUACCUUUCCUUUUGUAACUCCUACUCCCUGCUGGAUUUGUUCUACGGGUCGACAAGUCCGGACAAUUUGAACUGCAGCCUCGACGUGCUCGGCGAUGGCGACACGACCAGAUGCAGCCUGUGCGUCCAGGCGUACCAGCGCUACGACCAGCACGCCCAGGAGAAAUACGAGGACUUUGAGCUCCUGACUCAGAAAUAUGAGCCGGGGGCAUAUUCAGUGAGGACGUGCAUGGAGCAGUGCAAGACGGCCUAUAAACCCUGGCUGUGCGCUCAGUAUUUCCCCACCACCCAGCAGUCCUGUCAGAAGAGGGUACCGUGCUACCAGUACUGCCUGGAGGUCCAGCAGAGCUGUCCGUUCAUCCUGCCCGACAACGACGACUUGAUCCACGGCGGCAGCCCCAGCUUCAUCUGCACAGGGCUCUUGGGAGAUCACUCAUCAGACAGCGAGGUGGAGUGCUGCGACGUCCGAUGGGACUCCAAAAUGGACAACCCUUCAGGCGGCACAAUAAAAAGGACUGCUUCUUCCUGCCAGCCCGAGGGGACCUCGGUCACCUCCGCCGCCACCCAGAGACUGUGCAGCGGGCGGCUGAAGAUCUGCCUGCUGGCCCUCGUCCUCCUACACACUGUCAUCAUCAUAUCAGCCUCCCAUAAUUCUACGUUGGUGGGCGUGGCCGCCAUUUUCUCACCAGAGGAGAGCGCUUCUAACGAGGAGUGAACCUCGGGGCCCCGGAAAAAAGCCCGAGGACGGAUUUGACGGCGCCACGGCAGCCAGGGACACAUCUGGCGAGACGCGCUGGAAAAUGCCUCAACAAUCUGCCGACGACAAAACCUGAAGUGGGAGGGUUUUAACUGGCGCUAAAGGGUGCUGGGAUUUGGACAUGAACCGAGAUGUUUGAGAACCACCCCUACCCCCUGUCCCCGCUGAAAGAACUGACCUCUUGCCACUUGAAACCUGCUCAUUGUUUCUAUUCCAUCCAAAUGUUUUCUAGCAUUAUUGCUCCUCCUCCUCCUCUCCUCUCCUUCCCUCCUCUCCCUUCGUUGUCAGAGUGUGAAUGAAUGGCAUGUCAGAGGAACGACGGACAUCGAUGAAGUGUGCGCCCGUGCUCUCCAUCACCUUUAGAUUUUUUGCUGCACUUUUUUUUUCUUUUUUCGUUUUUUUUUUUUUUUCCAGGUGCCAGAAUGUUUUGAUAUAUCAACUGUGCUCCACGUCCUACUCUCCAUCACCUCAGAGGCAUCUUCUUUACUACCUUGUGUGUGAUGUUGCUCAAGGGCCAGCCAGGACCAGCUCACCCAUCGCUCAUGCGUUUCUCUGAAAACAAACUAUUCUUCUGUAUUCUGAUGUUCGGCUUGUGUUUUUGUCCCCACCAACCGGACCUUUUCUCAACCCCUUGCGACGGCACACGCCGAAACAUUUUAGGACCUUAAGUGCUCUGAGACUAGCUCGUUUUCUGUUCUAACUUGUUGGGCCAUUGUGCAAGUUAGGCAAACGAAGGCGAAGGUAGUGGCGGUUCAGGCUCGCAGUCACGGGGUGUCGUAGAGGGCGAUGCGGAGCUUUCGUUAGCGGUGGUGUUUUCCGGUUCCUGAAGUGUUCAGUUUACCUCAUACGGUGGUGUCGGCGUGGCUCACCUUGGACAAAUACUUAGACUUGUCUUAGGUUAGACUGCAGGGAAAACCCAGGGACUCAAGAGGGCCGUUGCAUGAAGCCAAAACACCAGGGGCCUCAUUUAUCAAGGAGAGUCUUUAGCAUUAGCUUGUGCCCAAAUAAUCAAUAAAGGCAAAAUAAACCAAAUAAAUCACAAAUGUUAGCUGCAUUUCUUUAAAAGCGCCACUCAGCUGGUGUCAAAAGUCAGUCGGUUGCAAAAUUAAAAGUGUUGAAUGCUAAAGCUAAAUGCUAGCAUACAUGACCAAGCAGCAAUCUACAAAACGAAAUACCCAAGGAGCAGGGGCUCCCAGAACUUUACUAUUGCAGGACCUGGUUCAUCUUGGCUUUAGGACCGACUUCCUAGAAGUUCCUGCUACGUGGGGAAAGUUCCUGCUGUCGCAACACACACGUUGAUAAAUGAGGCCCCAGAUCUUUGAGUGCCUCUCUGCUGCGUAAAGGCAGAUACUGGCAAAAAAUAAAAAUGGAGUGUUAGCAUUGUACUCUGUGGCAUCUUCAAGAGCUGUAGGAAGUGACCAGCCAGUCAGUCGAAUCAAUCAAUCACUGAAAACCACUGACUCUUAAAAUCACCCUUAGACGAGCCGAUCAAGCGCCAUCUUUCACUGACUAGCAAAGGGCUAGUGUUGGUGUCGCGGUGCGUGAGGAGCGUGAGGAGUUUUCAAGGGCUGAUCCAUCGAACAUCGUUUCACGUUCCGUCUGUUUUAUCAUCUUAUUUGCAUGGCUGCCGCUCGUAAAGUACACGCCGACGAGAAGCGUUUUAGUUUGGGACAGGACAGGAAAAGGGAGAUUUAUCUGAAGCUAAAACGUGAUCCCAUUAGCAACCACUGAGAUACCAAAAAUUAAAGCUGAGGAUGAUUAAUCUUACUAAUGAAGCAGUUUUUUUAGCCUCCAUUUAGUUGCUGCUAACGAUCAGCUAGAGACGGACUGAAGUUUUAACCUCGCCUCCAAAUGACCCCUCCUCCUCCAUUAACCUUACGUUGCCUCACGUCGCCAUCGAUUUGCUCACACAUCAGAGUGGGAUGUCGCAUAAAAGACACGCUCCGGAUUUUCUGCUCGCUAUUCUCGCGUGAACGUGUCGUUUUGUUCGUUUUUUGUUUUUUAUUUCCGUGACAAACUCGAGAACUACAUUCCCUUGAAGACAGCAGCGGAUGUAAUAGGCCCACACUUUGUUGUUUUUGCCGUCCCUUCAAUCUCAUCCGAGUCUGUUCAUCAUCUGAGUCCUGUGGAUCUAUGCAGAUGAACCCCAGCCCAGACCAACUCACCCAUUUUCCCCCCAACCACCAACACCAACACAAGCCCCUCCCCCUGCCUCCCCUUGUCCUUUCUGUUGUAAAUAUGUCCUGAGGAUGUGGGAUCCCAAAAACGCCCCCUCUCUUGCCUUCCCCAACUUCUUCCCCCCCCCCACUGUUGGAAUCUCACUGUGUUUUCCGUUCGCCUCCUUGGUUUUUGUCUGUUUUUUGAGAUUUUUGCCGCAUUUUUCUGUUGUCUAAAGCAGUGGUGUGAGUUGAUGAGUAGGACUAAGUUGGAUGUUAAAAAGACGAGAUGAAGAGGUCUUAAGAAAAACGUAUGGAGAAAAAAAUGGAGCUUGAAUUGAGAAAAAGGGUUCGAAUAUAGAGAAAAAAUUAUGAUAAAGUUGUCAUAUUGUCAUACUAGAGAUGCUUUAGUUUGCUAAUUUACUUUCUUUUUUUUCUACAAAAGACUUGGAUGAAAUUAUUUAUAAAAUGCGUCCCACGAGUCAUGAUCUUUUUUGGACGUAAAACAAAUACAUUUAUUAACAUUUUGUUCAAAAGAAAAUAAAUAUAAAUUAUGUUAAACAUUA